AGUUGUUUAAAAGACAAAGGUGACAUAAUAAAUUGAGAAGCUUCCCCUCCCCCAGCCCCCAGCCCCCAGCCCCCACCCCCACACAAGUAUUUCCGUUUAUUUGACUUUUUUCCCAUCAUUUACGUUCGAAACUCAUUGGAAUGAACAACAGAUAAACCUAAUAUUCAAACUCUGAUGACUCUCUUCUGUGUUUUAAAUCAUUCAUCUCUUCUCUAAAGCCACAAUCCAAUUUGUACCCAAAAAUUCUUAACAAAAUUCUGUUACAUAAGUUUUUGACUUGCCCACAAUUUUGUAGACUUUUUCCACUCAUGUCUCUGCUGAAUCAACUCUUCAACAGAGGACUUCAAGGCACAAAGUGCAAGACGUGCUUGACCUUGGCAAUCUCGCGAAUCAAAUUAUUACGAAACAAGAGAGAGGAACAGCUCAAACUUAUGCGCAAGGAGAUAGCAGAAUUUCUGCAAGCUGGCCAAGAAGCCAUAGCUCGAAUUAGGGUUGAGCAUAUUAUAUGCGAGCAAAAUGCAUGGGCUGCCUAUGAGAUUUUGGAGUUGUUCUGCGAGUUUGUUUUUGCCCGGGUCCCUAUCCUUGAAAGCCAAAAAGAAUGCCCCUCGGAAUUGCGGGAAGCUGUUGCAAGUAUAAUCUUUGCAGCUCCAAGAUGUUCAGAUUUGCCAGAUUUAUUGCAUGUCAGGAAUCUAUUUGCAGCUAAAUAUGGAAAGGAAUUCAUAGCAGCAGCAUCUGAGCUUCGGCCUGAUACAAGUGUUAACCGUACAAUUGUAGAGAAACUUUCAGUUGGUGCUUCAUCAGCUGAAGUAAGGCUCAAUGUACUGAAGGAAAUUGCAAAAGAGUACAACGUGGAAUGGGAUUCUUCUAUCACAGAAGCAGAAUUGAGUAAAAAGCCGGAGGAUCUUCUGAAUGGACCAAAGCAAAUUGCUGCACAUGCUUGGGUAUCUCCAGAACCAAACACUCGUGGUCAUCCACCAACCUUUGAAAAUCCUGUGACAUCUCCAAAUGGCAAUCCAGUAUCUAAAAGUCUUAGUUCUCCAACCUCUGUUACUAAAGCACCUUUGAGGCCUGCUAAUAUAGAUAAACCAUCACUUGGUGGCAUCACUUUGGGUGAUACAGUUGAUGUAAAAAAGGAUACAAGACCAGAAACAUCAGUUGUAUUGGAGAGAGCUCGUGCUGCUAUUUCUGCUGCAGAACGUGCAUCUGCUGCUGCCCGACUUGCUGCAGGUUUGGUUAAUGUCAAGUUCAGUUCUUCAAAGAUAGAGGAGGGCAAAAGUUAAGCUGUUAUUUCGAAUUUAGAUCUGUCUGAUGUCUCUUUCUUAACAGGAUCCUAAUUUUAUCGUCAUGUCAGCUUCUGUCGACGAGAAAUUCUUACAAUAAAAUGUAAAAUAUGAAGUGAAUAACAAUUCUAAGUUUCAUGCUUUAAGUGUUGAUCUUAGUUAUCUCCA